ACCCCAUUUGCCAUUGUGCUCGUCCAAUCGCUCGGUUCGUUAGACGUCGUUUGACUUGACGUUUCUCUGUCCUACUACUGCUUCCGUGUCCCCGUGUCCCUGUCCUCCCUGCUGGCACCGAGGACAUCCCCGUCCCGUCCCGUCUCUGCCAUGUCUCCACCACAUCCGACCGAGGCGCAAAAGCAGCGACGCUCGAAAUGACCGCUCGGGAGUUUCUGCUGCCUUGACGCACAAGCAACACGGGAUCCGCUCGGUUUUUCGUGAAAAAAAAGCACAGUUAACAUCAGGGGAAAGAAAAAAAAAAACAUGCAGGAGAAGCUAACGGACAAGCAGACUCCUACUUCAUCGAGGGCGUCGUCGUUUUUUAUCGAGAACCUGCUGGGCAAAGGGCGGAAUGGACAUGAAGCUGUUGUGGAUGUGGAGACGGUCUCCUCCUCCGCCACCGGCCGAGUCCUGGACUCUCAGCACGCCGACGAGAGCGCUCCGACGCCGGAUGGCUCCAGCUCCGCAGCCCGGUGCCCGUACAGAGACUCUCCGGUGCAGUGGUACCGCGGAGGAGCUGCCUUACACUUCAGAGCUUUGGAGACACCACAGAGUCCCAGAGAUAACACAAGUCCAGACGACCACUGCUGCUCCGUCUCGACCAGUGACAGGUGCUCUCCCGCCGUAUCCGAGCCGGUAACGGAGAGCAGCGACGAAACCGACCGGAAAACAGCUGACAGCAGCAGCAACCUGACUGACGACAACGAGGACGCGCACACCGGGUUUGACGGUGACGCGCGGUCGGAGCGAGACGCGUCCUCGAGCAGGAAGAAGAAGACCCGGACCGUGUUCAGCCGCAGUCAGGUGUUCCAGCUGGAGUCCACCUUUGACCUGAAACGGUACCUGAGCAGCUCGGAGAGAGCCGGCCUGGCUGCGUCUCUCCAGCUGACAGAGACUCAGGUCAAGAUCUGGUUCCAGAACCGGAGGAAUAAGUGGAAGAGACAGCUCGCGGCGGACCUCGAGGCUGCGCACAUGCCACACUCGAGCCAGAGGAUUGUCAGGGUCCCCAUCCUGUACCACGAGGGACCCGGACCCACUGCGGCUCUGGGUUUCAGCCUGAACGCACAUCCACUUUCUCCACCUUUCUCCAGCUCCAUCAGCUACCCUCUGUCCUCCUUUGCUCACUCCAUGAGCAUGCUCAGAUCGCAGAUGACCGGCUUGGUGUAGUAAAAAGACUGCUGAAAUAAUAUAUCAAACUGUUUUGUUUAUAAAUGAAUUCAACCUUGUUAAUACUGAGUCGUGCAAUAAACCCCCACAAUGCCGCAGAGAGCUGUUGACCGCAUCCAAAGAUUAAGAGCUGCAGAGACAUGAAGUAUAUCCUCCUGGGAACCGAGUAAAAAAAGAGUCUUCCAAUUACUUUUUUUGUGUGAUUUUACUUCCUAUUUAGGGUUAAAAGAAAAUCUUACAAUUUAGGCUUUUUGAACUUUAUUUUUUAUUUUACAGCAUGUCAAACUGUAGUGGACCACAGGAUCAUUUCAGUGUGAAAAGAAUAAAAAAAAAAAAUGAACAGAUUAUGGCCGUGGAGUGAUAUUAAACCAAGAAUACAUUCAACUUGAUUAAAAAAAACACAUGCCAUAUCACUGGAAAGCC